CUCUCUCUCUCUCUCUCUCAUUCACGGCGCUCAGUCAUGUGUGGACGGAUAGUGCCGUAAGUGCUGGAGCUUCUCGGGCUUUUCUGAGGAGGCUUUUCCUUUUCUCUGCGUUGUGCGCGAGAACCACAACAGCGGCAGCAGCAGCUCCUCGCAUCGUUUUGGCUCGUUGUUGUUUUUUCGCUUUUCCUGUGGCUCUAAGGGCGCUGUGGACGUUUUCAGCUGAUUGUUGUGUUUUUGACUCCUCGGAGGGAGGGACCUUUAAACAGCACCGCCGCUGCAUCUCCUGCUCGUGCGUCUCUGUGUGUCGUUCCUGUGCGUAAACCCAGCCGGACACGCCGCGCAGGCUCGGAGGCUUCCCGCAGAAUGGUGAAUCAGAGGGACUGAACUGGAUCCUUCCUCAUUGAUGUGGAGAACUGAGACGUGCUGAAGAUGGAAGUGAAGGAACGCAGACCGUAUCGCUCUCUGACGGCGCGGCGGGACACAGAGCGCCGCUACACCAGCUCAUCCGCCGACAGUGAGGACGGCAAACUCAACCCCAAAUCCUACAGCUCCAGCGAGACCCUCAAGGCCUUCGACCAGGACCCCCGCAUGACCUACGGUGGCCGUGUAAAAGAAGUGGUGCAUCAUGAAGUGGACGAGUUCGGCAGGCAAGGAACUGAUUUCUCUCUGCGUGAUCUGGCCUUUGGAGAGCCUGUGCCUCCUCAUGUAGCGGCGUACCGGCCGGACAUGGGGAUGCCCCACCGUGACUACUCGGUCAGCGUGGGCUCGGACGCCGACACGGAGACGGACGGAAUAGUGUCUCCGGAACACGCGGUGCGGCUCUGGGGCCGCGGCAACACCAAGUCCGGCCGCAGCUCCUGCUUAUCCAGCAGAGCCAACUCCAACCUGACCCUGACGGACACCGAGCACGAGAACACGGAGAACGGUCCUCCUCUACAUUGCUCAUCUGCCUCCUCCUCCCCUGUCGAGUCCCCAUACCCUCCCCCUUCCCAUGCAGCCAAUGAGAGCCAGGGAAGGUUGCUAGGUAACAGUGGGGCUCAGCCUGGCCAGGAGUCUGAGUCAGAAGAUGAGUUUGGCCCCAGUUCAUUCUUAGUUAAAACUGGCUCAGGGAACGUCUAUGCUCCUGCCACUGCAACUGCUGACGACGGUUCCUUCCAGAACCAUUCGCGGCUGCGGACCCCUCCUCUCCCGCUGUCCCAUUCGCACUCCCCCAGUCAACACCAUGCGGCCUCCAUGGGCUCUCUAAGUCGGAGUAACUAUACCCCGCGCAGCAACGCCAGUCCUGCACCCACUGACAGCACGGCGGCUCCUGAGGGGCCCUCCAGUGCCCAGGACUCGGCUAGCGCUCAAGACAACUGGCUCCUCAACAGCAAUAUCCCUCUGGAGACCAGGAGCCAGAAUACUCUAAUGUUUAUUAGAGAGGAGCAGGACUCGUGCAGAGAAGGUCAAGGGUCAUACAAUACAAGAAACAUAGCAAAGCAGACAUUCCUAGAGACUUUACAGGACAACCUUAUAGAGAUGGACAUACUGGCCGCAGCCCGCCGCGACGAUGCUUACACUGACGGACACUUUCUCUUCAAGCCCGGCGGGACCUCGCCGCUGUACUGCACCACGUCGCCCGGCUACCCCCUGACCUCCAGCACGGUGUACUCGCCCCCGCCGCGGCCGCUGCCCCGCACCACCUUCUCCCGGCCCGCCUUCAGCCUGAAGAAGCCCUACAAGCACUGCAACUGGAAAUGCGCCGCCCUCAGUGCCAUCCUUAUCUCCGUCACCCUGGUGUUCCUGCUGGCCUACUUUAUCGCCAUGCACUUGUUUGGGCUGAACUGGCACUUGCAGCCCAUACAGAGGCAGAUGUACCAGCUGGCCGAGGACAACACCAGUGGCCUGUCCUUACCCACAGACCUGGGCCUGCCCCCGCUGGGCAACACUGGGCUGGAGCUACCUGACCGGAGGGGCAAAGAUGACGGUAAACUGGACAGCUUUUUCCCAGACGACAGCUUCAUCGACAUGGGCGAGAUAGAUGUGGGUCGCAAGGUCUCUCAGCAGAUACCGCCCGGAAUCUUCUGGAGGUCGCAGGUCUUCAUCGACCACCCCAUGUACCUCAAGUUCAAUGUGUCCCUUAGUAAAGAUGCCUUGGUGGGGAUUUACGGAAGAAGAGGACUUCCUCCCUCACACACACAGUUUGACUUUGUGGAGCUGCUGGAUGGCCGCCGGCUCCUGGCACAGGGGGUUCAAAGCCUGGAAGGACCACCGGCUCUGACCCAGCCACGAAGCCUCAUGCCCCUCAGCAGCCAUGACACAGGCUUUAUUCAGUACAUGGACUCGGGCAUCUGGCACCUGGCUGUGUACAAUGAUGGCAAGGAGACGGAGCAGGUAGCCUUCCUGACCACUGCUAUUGACUCGAUUGAUGACUGUCCCAGUAACUGCUUUGGUAAUGGAGACUGCAUAGCUGGAACCUGCCACUGUUUCCUGGGCUUCAGAGGACCAGACUGUGGCAGAGCUUCCUGUCCGGUGCUGUGCAGUGGGAACGGGCAGUAUCUGAAAGGCCGCUGCAUGUGCCACAGCGGUUGGAAAGGGUCAGAAUGUGAUGUUCCCACCAACCAGUGCAUCGACGUGACCUGCAGUGGGCACGGGACAUGCAUAGUGGGGACCUGCAUCUGCAAUCCGGGCUAUAAGGGAGAAAACUGUGAAGAAGUGGACUGCCUGGACCCCACUUGCUCAGGACGAGGUGUUUGUGUUCGCGGGGAGUGUCAUUGUUUCGUAGGCUGGGGGGGUCCGGGGUGUGAGAGCCCGCGAGCCUCCUGCAUGGACCAGUGCUCAGGACACGGUGCCUUCCUGGCCGACACAGGAACCUGCAGCUGCGACCCAAACUGGACUGGUCACGACUGCUCCACAGAGCUUUGUGCGGCGGACUGUGGCGGUCACGGCGUCUGCGUGGCGGGCGGCUGCCGCUGUGAGGAGGGCUGGACGGGCGCCGGGUGUGACCAGAGGGCGUGUCACUCGCGCUGCAGCGAACACGGCACCUGCAAGGACGGCAAGUGUGAAUGCAGCCCGGGCUGGAACGGAGAACACUGCACCAUCGCUCACUAUCUGGAUAAGGUAGUGAAAGAGGGUUGCCCGGGUCUGUGUAAUGGCAAUGGCAGGUGCACGCUGGGUAAUAACGGCUGGUACUGCGUGUGCCAGCUGGGCUGGAGAGGAACAGGCUGUGACACCUCCAUGGAGACAGCAUGCAGUGACGCCAAGGACAACGACGGAGAUGGUCUGCUGGACUGUAUGGACCCGGACUGCUGCCUGCAGGCCUCGUGCCACACUACCUCACUGUGUGUGGGCUCACCUGACCCUCUUGAUAUCAUCCAGGAGACGCAGAUCUCCUCCAGUCCGAGCAACCUGCAGACCUUCUACCAGCGCGUUCGCUUCCUGGUGGGCCGGGACAGCACCCAUGUCAUCCCCGGGGUCAACCCCUUUGAGGGCAGUCAUGCCUGUGUCAUUCGAGGACAAGUUGUGACCUCUGAUGGAACGCCGCUGGUUGGAGUGAACAUCAGCUUCAUCAACAACCCGGCAUACGGAUACACCAUCACCAGACAGGAUGGCAGUUUUGACCUGGUCUCUAACGGGGGUGUGGCCAUUGCCCUGCGCUUUGAGCGUGCUCCCUUCAUCACGCAGGAGCACACGCUGUGGCUGCCGUGGUCGCGCUUCUUCGUUAUGGACACCAUCGUCAUGCGGCACGAGGUCAACGACAUCCCCAGCUGUGACCUCAGCAGCUUCACCAGGCCCAGCCCACUCGUUCUGCCCGCCCCACUGACCGCCUUCGCCGGGAACUGCCCCGAGAGGGGCGGCAUCGUCCCAGAGAUCCAGGCCCUACAAGAGGAAGUGCGGAUCCCAGGCACGGACGUGCGCCUCGGGUAUCUGAGCAGCCGUACUGCUGGAUACAAGUCCUUACUGAGAGUCACCCUCACCCACGCAAUCAUCCCCUUCAACCUGAUGAAGGUUCACCUGAUGGUAGCGGUGGAGGGACGUCUGUUCAGAAAGUGGUUCUCAGCUGCUCCCAACCUUUCCUACGACUUCGUCUGGGACAAGACCGACGUCUACAGCCAGAAGGUGCACGGCCUGUCUGAGGCUUUCGUGUCUGUGGGCUUUGAAUAUGAGUCGUGUCCUGAUUUGAUCCUGUGGGAGAAGAGGACUGCCAUUCUCCAGGGCUACGAGACCACUGCCUCCAACCUGGGGGGCUGGAGCAUAGACCAGCACCACGCACUCAAUAUUCAGAGCGGCAUCCUUCACAAGGGCAACGGCGAGAACGUCUUCAUUUCCCAGCAGCCCCCAGUCAUCGGGAGUAUCAUGGGUAACGGGCGGCGGCGCAGUAUCUCCUGUCCGAGCUGUAAUGGCCUGGCUGAUGGAAAUAAGCUUUUAGCUCCAGUAGCUCUGGCCUGUGGCUCUGACGGCAGCUUAUUUGUGGGGGACUUCAACUACAUCCGGCGAAUCUUCACCACUGGGAAUGUCACCAGCGUUCUGGAGCUCAGAAAUAAAGAUUUCAGACACAGUAACAGCCCUGCCCACAAGUACUACUUGGCCACCAGUCCUGUGUCGGGUGCUCUGUAUCUGUCAGACACCAGCAGCAGGAAAGUCUUUAAGGUGAAGUCUCUGAACACAGUGAAGGAUGUGGCUAAGAACCUGGAGCUAGUGGCCGGGACCGGAGACCAGUGCCUACCGUAUGAUGAGACGCGCUGCGGGGAUGGAGGAAAGGCUGUGGAGGCGACUCUCACCAAUCCCAGAGGCAUCACAGUGGACAAGUACGGCAUGAUCUUCUUCGUCGAUGGCACCAUGAUCCGCCGCAUUGACCAGAACGGAAUUAUCUCCACGCUGCUAGGUUUCAACGACCUGACCUCGGCACGACCCCUGAGCUGCGACUCGGUGAUGGACAUCUCGCAGGUACGGCUGGAAUGGCCCACUGACCUAGCUGUGAGCCCAAUGGACAAUUCCCUAUAUGUGCUGGACAACAAUGUGGUGCUACAGAUAUCAGAGAACCAUCAAGUGCGGAUUGUGGCCGGCAGACCAAUGCACUGCCAGGUCCCUGGCUUGGAUCAUUUUCUGGUCAGCAAAGUUGCCAUUCAUGCCACGCUGGAAUCUGCCACUGCCUUGGCUGCAUCCCACAACGGCAUCCUCUACAUCGCCGAAUCCGACGACAAGAAGAUCAAUCGUGUGCGACAGGUUUCAACCAACGGUGAAAUCUCACUGGUCGCUGGUGCUCCGAGCGGCUGCGACUGCAAAAACGAUGCUAACUGCGACUGCUACUCAGGCGAUGAUGGCUACGCCAAAGACGCCAAACUCAACUCACCCUCUUCACUGGCAGUCUCGCCCAAUGGGGAGCUCUUCAUUGCUGAUCUGGGCAACAUCAGGAUCCGCUACGUACGCCGAAACAAGCCUUACCUCAACCCGCUCAACAUGUACGAGGUGUCUUCACCCAUCGAUGAUGAACUCUACCUGUUUGAUGCCAAUGGAAGCCACAUCUACACCCAGAGCCUGACCACUGGGGACUACCUGUACAACCUGACCUAUACUGGAGAGGGUGACCUGAGCACCAUCACAGACAAGAACAAGAACAAAGUGACUCUUCGCAGGGACACUACAGGACUACCCCUCUGGAUCAUGAGUCCUGAUGGACAGACCUUUUGGUUCACUAUCGGAACUAAUAACGCUCUCAAGAGUGUCGCUGCACAAGGCCAAGAGCUGGCAAUGAUGACCUACCAUGGAAGUUCUGGACUGCUGGCAACCAAAAGCAAUGAGGAUGGAUGGACCACUUUCUAUGAGUAUGACAGUUACGGGCGGUUGACGAACGUGACCUACCCCACAGGCAGGGUAAGCAGCUACCGCACUGAUGCUGACAAUGCAGUUCGGGUGCAGGCUGAAGGCUCCAACAAGGAGGACAUCAUCGUCACCACCAACCUCUCGGCCUCUGGAACCUUCUACACGCUUAUGCAAGAGCAAGUGAAGAACAGCUACUACAUUGGUCUGGACGGCUCUCUGAGGUUGGUGUUGGCGAAUGGCAUGGAAGUGUCUCUUCAUACAGAACCCCACCUGCUCUCGGGUACGGUCAACCCAACGGUCAGCAAGAGGAACGUCACGCUGCCCAUAGACAAUGGCCUCAAUUUAGUGGAGUGGAGACAGCGGAAAGAGCAAGCCAGGGGGCAAGUGACUGUAUACGGACGCAGACUGAGGGUUCAUAACAGAAACCUGCUGUCCAUGGAUUUUGACCGCAUCACCCGAACAGAGAAAGUAUACGAUGACCACAGGAAGUUUACACUGAGGAUCCAUUAUGACCUUGCGGGUAGACCCACCCUGUGGGCUCCGAGUAGCCGACUGAAUGGGGUAAAUGUCACCUACUCUCCGGGUGGACAUGUGGCCGGCAUCCAAAGGGGAACCAUGUCAGUGCGAAUGGAAUACGACCAAAAUGGGAGAAUUACUUCGCAGAUAUUUGCAGAUGGCAAGUCUUGGAGCUACACCUACCUUGAGAAGUCUAUGGUGCUGUUGCUCUACAGCCAGCGACAGUACAUCUUUGAGUUUGACAAGAACGACCGUCUCUCGUCAGUCACCAUGCCCAAUGUGGCCAGGCAGACCCUAGAGACCACUCGCUCAAUUGGCUACUAUAGAAACACAUAUAGACCUCCUGAGGGCAACGCAACUGUGCUACAGGAUUAUACUGAAGAUGGCCUCCUUCUGCAGACUAUGCACCAGGGCACUGGACGUAGGAUCAUCUACAAGUAUGGAAAGCUCUCCCGUCUGCUCGAGAUUCUGUACGAUACCACACGGGUUGCUUUCUCGUAUGAUGAGGCAGCAGGCAUGCUAAAAACUGUCAGUCUACAGAGCGAGGGUUUCACCUGCACCAUCCGCUACCGGCAGAUUGGCCCACUCAUCGACCGGCAGAUCUUCCGCUUUAGUGAAGAAGGCAUGGUCAACGCCAGAUUUGACUACAACUACGACAACAGCUUUCGAGUCACCAGCAUGCAGGCUGUCAUCAAUGAGACACCAUUGCCCAUCGACCUCUAUCGCUAUGAUGACGUCUCCGGUAAGACGGAGCAGUUUGGCAAGUUUGGGGUCAUCUACUACGACAUCAACCAGAUCAUCACAACAGCUGUCAUGACCCACACCAAGCACUUUGAUGCCUACGGGCGAGUCAAAGAAGUACAGUAUGAGAUCUUCCGCUCACUAAUGUACUGGAUGAUGGUCCAGUAUGACAACAUGGGUCGAGUGGUAGCCAAAGAACUAAAAGUAGGGCCCUAUGCCAACACCACAAGGUACACGUACGAGUACGAUGCAGAUGGGCAGCUCCAAGUGGUGUCCAUCAAUGACAAGCCCCUGUGGCGCUACAGCUAUGAUUUGAAUGGUAACCUGCACCUGCUGAGUCCAGGUAACAGUGCCCGCCUCACUCCACUGCGCUACGACAUACGGGACCGUAUCACUCGACUCGGAGACGUCCAGUACAGGCUGGAUGAUGAUGGCUUCCUCAGACAGAGAGGCAAUGACUUCUUUGAGUACAACUCUGCUGGUCUGCUGAUCAGAGCUUACAGCAAAGUUGGAGGAUGGAGCAUAAAGUACCGCUACGAUGGUCUGAGUCGCAGAGUGUCCAGCAGAAGCAGCCAGGGCCACCAUCUUCAGUUCUUUUAUGCAGACCUAUCCAGCCCUACAAGAGUCACCCACAUGUACAACCACUCCAGCUCUGAGAUUACUUCACUAUACUACGACCUUCAGGGCCACCUCUUCGCCAUGGAACUAAGCAGCGGUGAUGAAUACUACGUGGCCUGCGACAACAUUGGCACACCACUGGCUGUUUUCAGUGGUUCAGGUCUUAUGAUUAAGCAAAUCCUCCACACAGCAUUUGGCGAGGUUUACCUCGACUCAAACCCCAGCUUUCAAUUGGUGGUGGGCUACCAGGGUGGCCUCUACGAACCCCUUACCAAACUGGUGCACAUGGGUCGCAGGGACUAUGAUGUUUUGGCUGGCCGCUGGACCACGCCUGACCAUGACAUCUGGAAGCAGCUGAACGACAACAACAUUGUGCCCUUUAACCUCUACAUGUUCAAGAACAAUAACCCUCUGAGCAACACGCAGGAGACCAAGUGCUACAUGACAGAUGUGAAUAGCUGGCUGGUGACGUUCGGCUUUCAACUGUAUAACGUCAUCCCUGGCUAUCGAAAACCAGUCACCGAUGCCAUGGAGCCGUCUUACGAACUCAUUCACACCCAGGUGAAGACGCAAGAGUGGGACAGCACCAAGUCUAUCCUUGGUGUCCAGUGUGAAGUCCAGAGACAACUCAAGUCUUUCGUCCGUCUGGAACGAUUCGACCAGAUCUACAGAGCGAGUGCUGCUGGCUGUCAGCAAUCCCCCGGUCGGACUUCCUUCGCGUCUGGAGACUCCAUGUUCGGCAAGGGUGUGAAACUGGCCAUCCGAGAGGGUCGUGUAAGCGCGGACAUCAUCAGCCUGGCCAACGAGGACGGUCGGCGUCUGGCUGCUGUUUUGGAUCAAUCUGUUUACCUGCAGGACCUUCACUUCACCAUUGCGGGCGUCGACACCCACUACUUUGUUAAGUCGGGGUCAGUGGAGGGUGAUCUGGUACUGCUGGGCAUGACGGUGGGCCGGCGGACGCUGGAGACGGGCGUUAACGUGUCGGUUUCUCAGGUAAACGCUGUGAUGGGUGGCCGAACACGACGCAUCACGGACGUGCGGCUGCAGCACGGCGCGCUGAGCCUGAACGUGCGGUAUGGCAGCAGCGUGGAGGAGGAAAAGGUGCGGGUGCUGGAGCUGGCCAAACAGAGGGUGGUUGAAGCGGCCUGGGCUCGAGAACGGCUAAGGCUGCGGCAGGGCGAGGACGGCACACGCACAUGGACUGACGGAGAGAGGCAACAACUGCUGGCCUCAGGCCGUGUGCAGGGCUACGAGGGCUACUACAUGGUUUCUGUGGACCAGUUCCCCGAACUGGCCGACAGCAUCAGCAACGUCCAUUUCCUGCGACAGAGUGAGAUGGGCCGCAGGUGACAUGACGGAGCCGCUGGGACUGAGCAUCCGGGACUUCUUGCCAAAGACAAGUCGCUUACGUGACCACUCUGUUUUAGUUAUUUUUUUAUUUCUUUAGAACGUCUCAUGACUCUUUUGCUUUUUUUAAAGACCUACAUGGUUGCGUUGCGAAGCAGUUGCACUGCAUCCACAUUCGAGUGCUCUUGUUUUUUGGGGGUGGGGGAAAUCCUCAAUAGCCUUGCCCUUUGAGUUGCGGCUGCUAGAGGAAUGGAAUACGGUGACAUUGAUUAGUUUGCUCUGCAUCCCUUUCCACAGAUCUGCUCUAAGGAACUCCAGGAAGACGGCUGCCAAUACAUUAUGCCAGUUUUCUGGUCCUGCUGCCAGGUGGAGUAGCUUGGCAUUCAGCAUCACCGCCUCAUCCUGCCUCCCACCCCACCUUGCCCCCUUCCCUUACCACAGCCAAGGAGAGACAUUGUUUUUUUUUUAUUGCUUCUUUUUAUACUUGAAAGCCUGAUCACGCCACACUUGAACAAGGACAUUAGUGUCUGCUGUUCAGGCUCUUAACUGCCCCCCUUAUCGUCCUCGACUCCUGUCAUGGUGUCACGUGCCGUUUCGAGACUGAUUGACUGGUUGCCUAGUAUUUUUUUAAUAUGUGAAUUCGACCAAAUGGAUAAAAAAGAAAAGGGAAGUCAGAGAAAGUGCACUCAAAGUCUGAACAAAACAAUGUGACGAAAAAAUAGACUUUGUCUGAGAAAAUAGUUCCCCGUGGUCUUUAAAGGUUCUUAUGUAAACAACAAAAAAGCACUGUUUGAAAAGCUAGAAAGCAGAAAGAUGGUUUCUGUAUUAAAAACGAAUAUUUUAAUAAACUAGAUCAAAAAUCACUCCAAAUUUUAUUUCAUAGCUGCAUAUAUGAAAGUACAGUAUAACUAAUGUGAAUACAUUACAGAAAAUAAUGUGAACUGUUGUCCCUUUUACUGCUAAUUGUUGUAUUUGAAGAUGCCUAGUGUUCUGACACAUGGAAUAAAGUAUAUAUAUGUUUGGGAAUGUCAAUUGGUUAAAUUAAUUUGUUUUGCUUUUGAUUGUUAAAGAAAAGACAAUUUAGUAUGCUAAACCAUUCCUUUUAAGGAUAACAGUAUUUAUUUUAGUAACAUGCUUUUUUAAAGCAAUAUUCCUCCUCAUAUAUUCCCAAUGUGCAAGAGAUGUGAUUGCUUUUAAAAAAAAAAGGGAAAUAAAAGCAGCACAUUGCUAAAACAUGCCCUUAGCCAUUCUCGAGGCGUGGAGUGCUAGCCUUGAACACUGGGCUAAGGACAGAAUUGAAGCCCAGUGGGACGCCUGAGGGUCAGAAUCUUAAGUGCCCUGGAUGUGAAAGACGAGACCCCGCUGAGUCCCACAGCUGCCUGAGAUGCAUUAAGGGUCUGCAGGUGUGUAGGUUGCCGUCUACAAGCUGAGGGGUUUACGUGCAUGCCAAUCCGGCAACCCGCCAUCUGGAUAUAACUUGCUGCUUCUUAUACUAUGUGUCCUAUAGCUCAUCUACCCGCUGAACUUUAGAGAGCGUCCAGCGGAGCCUGGCUCUGGUUUUAAGUGUGCGAGGUGGAGUAAAAUGGUGUUAAUGUGUGGGACGCGGCGUCACGUCAUCACCCCGCGGUGGGCGUCCGUCUCUUAAAUGAAGCUGUUGCCUCUCUGUCUGAGACUGGGGAAGGUUUGAGGAGAUGAAUAGUUCAGUGAUCAAGUGUCUCAAGCUGUAAAAUACUGUCAAGCAUAUUUUUGUUGAUUUGGAUGUCAACUGGAUGUUGGAUACAGUGAUGCUACAUUGGACAAUAUUGCUGAAUCUGUAUUUAAAAAUAAAAAAAAAAGAAAAAAAAAUGGCUGGAGGAUAAAACAUGCAUUGUGGUGACUGCACUGAUGACUGCGUUGUGAGGCUGUAAUUUUUUUCUAAACUUUUGGACUCAUUUUGAUUUCUUUUGAUUUUGUUUGUUCGUUCUCAACACUGUGUUUCUAACGCUUCUCUUUGAACCUGUAAAUAAGAGGGCAAGAAAUGGGCUGUAAAUAAAAUGCAAAUGUAGAUACCUUUUAGAGCUACAGCAGUGAAUCUGUGUAGUCUUUAGGGAAAGAGGAAAAAAUAAAGAAUAUUUUGUGUUUACAUUUA